AUGAAACUUAUUUCUGCACAAGAGAUAGCAAAACACAAUAAAAAGGAAGAUUGCUGGGUAAUAAUUCAUGGAAAAGUCUAUGAUCUUACUGCUUUUCUUCCGGAACAUCCUGGCGGACAAAAUGUUAUUCUUAAGCAAGCCGGUAAAGAUGCUACUGCUGCAUUUGAUCAGAUUCAUCCAAAAGAUAUCAUCAGUAAAUAUCUUUCGCCUGAGGUAUGUCUUGGUGCUGUUGACCCGGCGACAAUCGUUCAUACUGCUAAAUUAGAAACGGAAGAGGAAAAACGUCGUCGUAAGGCCAACGAAAAUAAACCAUCAUUAAGCGAAAUGCUUAAUGUAUAUGACUUUGAGGCGGUUGCUUCGCAGAUAUUAGGUGCAGAAGCUUGGGCCUAUUACAGUUCUGGAGCUGACGACGAAAUAUCAAUGCGCGAAAAUCAAAGCGCAUUUCAUCGUAUCUGGCUACGACCAAGAGUAAUGAUCGAUGUUAGUAAAAUCGAUAUGAGCACGAAAUUACUCGGUUAUGAGUCCUCAUUUCCAGUUUAUAUUUCGGCUACCGCAUUGGGAAAAUUAGGACAUCCUGAAGGAGAAGUUGUAUUAACUCGAGCCGCAAAUACACACAAGAUUAUUCAAAUGAUACCGACACUAGCAUCUUGUUCACUUGACGAGAUGACGGAUGCACGUGGAAAGGAUCAAAUACAAUUCUUUCAAUUAUACGUACAUCGUGACCGUGUAAUCACGGAACGAGUAGUGAGAUCUGCAGAGGAAAAAGGAUGUAAAGCAUUAUUUAUUACAGUUGAUGCGCCACAAUUGGGUAAACGCGAAAAAGAUAUGCGAGUUAAAUUUCUUGCGGAGCCACCAGAUGUACAAGAGGGAGAACAUGUGGAACGUAAUUUAGGUGCGACACGCGCGAUUUCAAGCUUUAUUGAUCCAGGUUUGAAUUGGAACGAUUUGGAAUGGUUCAAGUCAAUCACCUCUAUGCCAAUUAUAAUAAAAGGAAUUCAAACUGCAGAAGAUGCAGUAUUGGCUGCUAGACAUGGAUGUGCUGGUGUUGUACUCUCGAAUCAUGGAGGUCGUCAAUUAGAUUUUGCUCGCUCCGGAAUAGAAAUACUCCCCGAAGUUGUGGACGCAUUAAAGAAUGCGGGUUAUGAGGGUAAACUAGAGAUUUAUUUGGAUGGUGGUGUGCGUCGAGGCACAGACAUAUUUAAAGCGAUUGCAUUAGGUGCAAAAGCUGUUGGGAUUGGUCGACCCUCGUUAUUCGCGAUGUCUGCUUAUGGACAACCAGGUGUCGAGAGAUUACUGCAAUUACUGAAGGAUGAAUUGGAGAUGGCGAUGCGUCUUGCCGGUGCCAAAUCUUUGGCAGAUAUUCGACCAGAGAUGGUUGAUAUUCGAAAUCUUCAUUACCACGUGGCCCCUCCCAAGAAUUAUUUGUCGUCUUAUGUCCUGAAACUUCAACCAAUUACAAAACCACCAGUAGAACCUGGACCACCAGAAAUAGUAACAGUACAAGCCAAAAAAAAAAAGCUUCCAGCUCCAGCGCUCAUUUUUUCAAAUCUAAUAACUACAACCUCUAAAACUUCGACCCCUAAAACUUCCAUUUCAGAAAUACCACCUCUUUCGCUUCCUCAGAUUCUUUCUUCUGGUCUUUCUCGCAAUAAACAACAGAAAAGAUCGCUUACAAGACUUUUUAGAAAUUUAGCGCCGAGUCCAAAAACUCGUUCUCCUGAAGAGAAUUUAACCUAUCAAUUACCGAAACGUAAAAGAAGACUUUCGAAAGCUGAAAAAAGAAUGAAUAACUUAGAAUUUGCAACAGAGGAACAAACAAAGGAUGAUUUCCCGGAGUUCUAUUGCUGCUAUUUGAUUAGGUCGUUGCAGCAAAAGCAUGCUGAUUAUGUGUAUAUUGGUACAACCCCAGACCCACUUCGUCGAUUACGGCAACAUAAUGGAGAAUUGGCAGCAGGUGCAGCGAAAACCGUUGCUAAACGACCUUGGGCAUAUGUAUUACUCGUACACGGUUUUCCUUCUUCACGAGCCGCAACUCAGUUUGAAUGGGCGUGGCAAAAAGAAGGACAUUCACGUCAUUUGCAUAAUAAAAAACGACCUACGAACAAAUUGCCUAGAAAACUUGAUACACUAAUGGAAUUGAUGCGAAUUCGGUACUUUAGUCGAUGGCCACUGAAAUUACAUAUUGUCGAGUCUAACGUCGCGAAGAAAAUGGAUUUCUCCAAGUUUCCAAAACAUGUCAAGAUUACUUAUGGACCCUUGGAGAAAAUGUCUUAUACAUUUGCUGAUAAAGGUGCAACAAGAGCUCGAUUACGUGCUCAAAUCUUUGAGAAUCACGAAUAUCACAAGGAACAGAAUACGCCAUGCAGUGUUUGUCACCUGCCUAUCGAUUAUGAGGCAUCUGAUGAGUACAUGACAUGUUUACCCGCUACUUCGUCCUCCAUCUCUAAUCCAUCAAAGUUUUGUAAAAUGGCAAGUCAUGUAAUCUGCUUGGCGAAAGAUUUUUUAUUAGAGGAAAAGAAUCAAUUGCUCCCAGUUUCCGGAAAUUGUCCGAAAUGCAAAAAGUUACUUCUAUGGGCAGAUUUAAUUUAUCAUAAAUCAGAACGUAGACAAGAA